AGGGAUGCGGUAGCGCUGCGGCAGCCGCUCCAGCUCCAGCCCCGCCGCGCCAGGGGAGCAGCGCCCGGACGGCUGCCCCCCCGCUUCCCUUUCACCCUCCGGGGGGGCCGCUCCACCGCCUGCCCUCCCCCUUUUUUUUUUUUUUUUUUUUUUAAAAAUUCCCCUCCUUCUUUUCCCCUCCCCCCUCCGCGCUCCUCCUUCCUUUCCCCCCCCCUUUCAUUCCCCCCCUCCCCUUUCCCCCCCUCCCCUCACCCCCCCUUCCCCUCGCAAAAUAGUCCCCGCGGGCUGCCCCCUCCCCGCCCGCCCCUCCUCGCCGCUCCGCGCACACAAUGGCGCUGAAGAGAAUCCACAAGGAGUUGAACGAUCUGGCACGUGAUCCUCCAGCACAGUGUUCAGCAGGGCCUGUGGGUGAUGACAUGUUCCAUUGGCAAGCGACAAUAAUGGGACCAAAUGACAGUCCCUAUCAAGGUGGAGUAUUUUUCCUGACAAUUCACUUCCCAACAGAUUAUCCCUUCAAACCACCCAAGGUUGCAUUUACAACAAGAAUCUAUCAUCCAAAUAUUAACAGUAAUGGCAGCAUUUGUCUUGAUAUUCUACGGUCACAGUGGUCCCCAGCACUAACUAUUUCAAAAGUACUUUUGUCCAUCUGUUCUCUGUUGUGUGAUCCCAAUCCAGAUGAUCCUUUAGUGCCUGAGAUUGCACGGAUCUACAAAACAGAUAGAGAAAAGUACAACAGAAUAGCUCGGGAAUGGACUCAGAAGUAUGCGAUGUAAUACAGAAAUUAUUGGAUAACCUCUACAAAUAAAGAUAGGGGAACUCUGAAAGAGAAAGUCCUUUUGAUUUCCAUUUGACUGCUUUCUAUGAGCCCACGCCUCAUCUUCCCCUGUGCACAUGUUUACCUGAUACAGCAGUGCUGCGUGUUGUACAUACUUGGAACAACAAAAUAGAAAUACUGUAUUUCCCCGUACCAACAUUGACUCCUAGCAGAGAAGUGUGUGUGUGAAAAAAGCUGGUUCUUCAGUCAUAACUUUGUGAGCCUAAAAGCAUUCCUUGGGUGGGUAAAGAAAUUGGGAUCACCAGAUGUGAAGGGGGAGAGGGUUCAGGUGGGUUUUGUGUUUCCAGGGACGCUGUUGCUGAUCCGUGAAGGAUUUUAAGUGGAAUCCUUUUAAACUCAUAACAGUUAUGAAAAGCAAGGUGAAGAACUUGAAGCUGUUUCUGUAUUCAUGUUAUUCUGAAGGACCUACACCUUAGGUAAAUGUUAUGACCAAUGAGAGAAGCUGUACCCACAUCCUGUGUUUAAGGUCUGAGUUUAACCAGUCAACAUUUAAAUGGAUUUGGAGCUAUUAGUGAAUCAAGUGAUGUUGAUUUGUUUCAACUCUCUCCCCUCCUUCAUACUUUUUUUUUUUUUUCUGGUUUGUACGUGGUUUCUCAGUUAAUACAUAGCUAAUAGCUCAUAUUUUUCUUAAGUUUUUUUUUUUUAACUGCUUAGGUCUUUCUGGAUGUAAGGGUAAAAAACAAACAAAAAAAUCCAUUUGACAGAAAACUUUGUGUAUAUUUAAAGACCCAGCUGCUCCCCUGGAGCUUGUACGUUCAAGAAUGAUUAAUCUGUGUAAUAAACUGAUUACUACAGUCAUUACAUAUAACUUUGUGUGAAUAGGCUUUUAAUUUUAAGAGCAGUUUGAUACAAGGCUAAAACUAAUGGUGGAUUUCUCUCAAACUUUUGCAUUCACCAAGGGUUGCAUUUUGGAGGCCGUGAAGCAGUUGGGUUUGCAUCACACAAGGUUGUGCACCCCAGCAAGGUAAAAAAAACCCCUCAGCUUGAGCACUUACAUGAAAUCAGGAUGUGUAGUGUGCCAGGAACUUGAGUUAUUCAACCAAAAUCAGCAGUUUACUAAAUGAGGAUCUGGGUGAUGUCUUUGCAAAGCCUCUAAUGGUAUUAUUCCCACUUGCAUGGGACCUAACACAAUGCAUAUGUACUGUAGGUAAGUGAAACCUUAUGUAACUAAAAUAAUGGAUGUAAAAGGGUAAGAAAAAAACAAAAAAAAAAGAAAAAAAAACCAACCUACCAAACACAUCAGCACAAACUUUCAUAAAAUGUAGCUUUUACAUAAUUACUUUGCACUAAACAUUUGCAAAAUGUUCAUACAGUUUUAAAUUGUACUUGUUAUGUGUCUUUUUUUUUUUUUUUUUUUUUUUUUUUUUGGAACAAAGUCUUCACUUGAAUCUAGUGGGAAAAAAAAACAAAAAAAAAACAACAAAAAAAAUGUAGUUUGAAACUUUUCUUUGUAUACAAGUGUAUUUGCCAGCAUCGUUGGUGUGAAAUAGGUGAGUCUGCAAGUUGAUCUCCUCUUAGUAGAAUUGUGAACAAAGCCAUCAACAAGUCCAAAGGAGAGGCUGGAGCCUCCAGCUCUCCAGCCACAGGGCUCUGUCCCACCCAUCUUCAACUG